UUAAAUGGUGUUUGACUGGUAGAAAAUAUUCUCUUUUGGAGAGAAGUACUUAUGUGAAGUACUUGGUGCCCGUGGCGCUUUCUCUCCCCCCCCCCAUCAAGGUUUGGCAAGUGAUGUAAAUGUGCCUUUCUUGAUCACCACAAGCGAACAUCCGCUGUAAUCCAGUCGCCUUGGUUCUCCCUUCCCUCCUCCUGGUCUCCUCCGGUCCCUUCCUGGUGGCAGGAUUCCUCCCUUGUGACCCGGUGUUGGUUAAUCAUCCUGAAUGUGGGAAUCACACUGCCAUCCAUGUGCUUCCUUGGGGUCCGGUUUCUGAAGUGCUGGCCCGUCGGUCUGGGAAGGAGCCCCACUGCCUGGUUUGAGCUGCAGACCCACCCUGUAGAUGCUCUGAUUCAUGCACUGUGGCGUCGUGCUUGUGAUUUCUCUUCCUGCCAGAGAUUUGCUUACCCACUGGAUUCUGGCCAGUGAGUUGCGUCAGAGUAAAGCAGUUGUGUCAGAUUUUGACCCUUAACUGUGUGACCUCUACCUACAUGAGAGGAUGUGGAGGUCCUCCUUGUAUCUCACCCAGCCUUGAUCUCUCCCAAAUCAGAGGCUCGGUUCAACCCUGCCCAGUGCCUGAGAGCGACGAGCAGGAAGUGCCCGGGUGCCAGUAGAACUGAGCACCGGAGGCGUUCUCAGGGAGGGCGUUGGCGUGGCCUGCGCCUCCUGCCUGUCGGCAUUCAGAGGGGCCUGCCCUCCUUUGCAAGGCCAGCCCUGUCAGUGCAGCAUCACCAUCUUGAAGCUGCUAUGCCAGGAGAGCCAUCAGAGGAACUUCGACCGGAGGACCAGGUGGUUCAGACAAGAUGGAGGAGCUCAGAGACACCGGGAGGGGACUCGGCCGGCCUGCUGCCUGAGCGUGCGGCUUGAUUCCUGGAGAGAAAGAGAGAGACGUCAGGGCGAUGCACAUCACGCAGCUCAACUGGGAGUGCCUCCUGCACCUUUUCUCCUUUCUGGACAAGGACAGCCGGAGGAGCUUGGGCCAGACCUGCCGCCGGAUGCUGGGCGUCUUCCGGGACCCUUCGCUCUGGCCUCAGCUGCACUUCCACUCUCCCCUGGAGCUGACCAAGAGCAACUUUGUGCUGGGGCCGGCCUUGCGCGUCCUCUCCAUCUGCUGGCACUCCAGCCAAGUCAAGGUGUGCAACGUGGAGGCGUGGAUGAAAAGCCCCUUGCAAAGGGACAUCUGCCGCGUCCACGAACACGCCGUCAACCAGUUCUUGCUCCGUGUCUGCAACAGGUGCCCCAACUUGGCAUCCCUGACACUGUCCGGGUGCGGCCACGUCACGGACCAUUAUGUGACGCUGCUUCUCCAGAGCUGCUCCUGCCUGAAGACUCUCUGGCUGGAAAACUGUGUCCAGAUCACUGACCAGACUCUGGAAGCUGUAGCCCUCUGUGCCGAUGCCUUACAAACCCUGCAUGUGGACUUUUGCAGGAAUAUAACGCAAGCGGGUUUGCAGCGGCUCCGGAAAAAGCGCCCCUCCUUAACCUUGAAAGCGGAAAGAAGCGCAACCAUGAUCCCCGACAAAAGGCCAGGCAGCUGGGCGUCGGAAAGAGCGUUCAAGAAACUGCUGUGGCACUAAAUUAUGGGAGGAGCCGCCUGUGCUGCCUCUGGGUUUUAUUCAGGCACUUGGGAAGUUGGACAUCUCAGCCGCUGAUCAUCUCCAGAAUAUCCUCAAAUCUGCUUCGGAUCAUCUCUUCAACAUGUGUUGCAUGCUACGGAUGAAACGGGCACUCCUGACUUCAGCCACAUGGAAGAACGGGGCUCUUUAGCCAAUGCCCACCAGCCCUCGUUCACACACAGGGUAGGUUGUACGAAGCACCCUCUAGGCUGGGCUUCAAAUACGACAAAACCCCAUGCACACCACGGCUGCUUUGUCUAAAAAAAUAAUUGUAACAGGCAUUUUGAAAGGGUGUGUAUGUGUGCCGGCUCUCUUUCGAAACAAAUCACAUCCGCUGCCUUUAAGGAAAUCUUGGAAUAUCUUCAAUGUGGAAAGAGACAUCAUGGGUGCAGAAGGAAAAGACGGCUGGUACUACGCGCAAGCUGGAUGUUCUAGGCAGGACCUGCUUUGCCAGGAAAAACAAAUCUUUUUGCUGUUGGUUUAUAAUCCUCAACAGGCAGAUCUUUUCUAUCUUUUUAUCACUAGAUUCAUAAUUUUGCUUACGUGUAGUUUAAAGGAAGAAACUACAUGGGAUGACGGUUUUAAACCAGAUGGCAUCUCACUGUUUUUGUAGUGCUUCCCCCAAAUCAGAGGAGUCCUUUCCAGGAGGAGGACUGCAUAGACUCCGGUUAUUUCCACCCGUCCACCUUUUCUGUUGCUGGAAUGCUGAUGAUGCCAUCCUCGGGAGGGACCAUUUUCAACCAUCAACAACCUCUUCCUUUUGUCCUGUGGCUUUUCUAGAUCCUCUGUAAUCCCAUUCAUUGUGCAGAAGCCGCAGAACAGAAGGAGGAAGUUUUUUCAUUGCCGAAAAUCACCCCUUGCUGAAGUCAUCACGCUGCUGUGGCCGCUAAGUUACAGAACAGGAUUUCAGCCAGCAUGAGACUGACUUAACGUGCUAUCUGGAAG